CUCAGACAGCACUGAUAACACCACUAUCUUUGCUAUCGCUCUUGUCUCCCUGUCAUACUUUCUAAGCUUCACGCCCGAGAUGUAUCUUAGCUAAAGGAAGGCUUCCGAUGCGCUACAUCGCUUCCAUCGCCCGAUAGGGACGCGGGGUCACUAUCAGCCAGUAUCAUACUUGGCAACCUGUCUCCGCAUCGUGUCCCGAGUCUAUUCUCCCUGGACCCCACGCCAUGUAUAUAUAAGAAAUUAUGUUCCCCGCUCGCUUGCUGGAUGUCCCCUCACGGCACUCAAGCAAUUGAUCAUUGACCACCAUGGAGAAGAAAAUCUCCGCAGAAGACCACCCUACUGCCAGCGAAGAUGCCAGUUCGGGCGUUGUCGAGCCAUAUGGCCAGACUAAACGUGGUCUUGCGUCGCGCCAUGUGCAAUUGAUGGCCAUUGGAGGGUCUAUUGGAACGGGACUCUUCGUCGGUAUCGGGUCUUACCUUCGGGAUGCCGGUCCACUGUCGUUGUUCUUGGGAUAUCUGGUUUGGGGCAUACUCUUUAUUCUGCCUACUAACCUGAGUGUCGGAGAGAUGUGUGCAUACCUGCCUAUCCGAGGGUCUAUCUUCGAAUUGGCUGCUCGAUUUGUUGAUCCUGCAUUUGGUUUUGCUAUGGGAUGGGUAUACUUCUAUGGAGGUGUCAUGCUAGUCUGUACCGAAUAUGCCGCUGUCGCAACGGUCAUGCAGUACUGGACAACGAGCGUUAAUCCGGCAGUCUGGGUAGCCAUGGCUCUAGUAGUCUGCUCGCUACUCAACUUUGUCGCCGUCAAAUACUACGGAGAAGCCGAGUUCAUCAUGGCAUCGACAAAGAUCUUACUCCUCGUCGGCCUCGUGCUCCUUACCUUUAUCACGAUGGUUGGGGGUAAUCCCAAGCAUGAUGUAUAUGGAUUCCGCAAUUGGUCCGAUGGCGUGAUGUUUGAAUACUAUACGGACGGCGCGACCGGUCGCUUCCUAGGGUUUUUCUCCGUGAUGGUAUAUGCUGCUUUCUCCGUGGCCGGUCCCGACCUGCCGGCUUUGGCGGCCGGAGAGAUCCAGAACCCACGAUACACUAUUCCUCGCGUUGUCAAGAUGACCUUCUGGCGUAUCGUUGGCUUCUACGUUGUCGGCGUGUUAGCCGUUGGCAUUAUCUGCAACCCAAGCGAUCCUCGUCUUAUGUCCGCCAUUGACGCUGGUGCCGCUGGAUCUGCUGCUUCACCCUGGGUUAUUGGCAUUCAAAACCUGGGCAUCACCGGCCUUCCUGAUCUGAUCAAUUUCCUCAUCCUUCUGUCCGGCUGGUCAUGCGGAAAUGCGUAUCUCUACAGUUCCAGCCGAACUCUUUACUCCUUGGCUCGCGAUGGCCAGGCCCCGAAAUUCCUUCUCAAGUGCACGGCAUCCGGCAUUCCGGUCUACUGUGUGCUUACCGUUUCACUCCUCUCCUGCAUCACUUUCCUCGUCGCCGGUUCCUCUUCAGUGACCGUCUUCUACUGGUUCGUCGAUCUGACGACCAUCGCCUUUGUGCUUACUUACACGGGCAUGCUCGUCGUCUUCAUUGGCUGGUAUCGCGCCCUAAAGGCGCAGGGUAUCGAUCGCAAAUCCUUCGUUCCCUGGGCAUCACCCUUCCAGCCCUACUUUGCCAGUUUCGCGAUCGGCAUUGGCGCCUUGACAGCUAUCUUUAACGGCUUUUCGGUGUUCAAGCCCUUCAGCGUGCAGGGCUUUAUAACAUCCUACUUCGGCCUUGCCUUCUGGGCUGUUAUGUUUGUGUUCUGGAAAGUGUACCAUCGAACCACAUUUGUGGAUCCUGCUCAUGCGGACUUAUACUCUGGCAAAGCCGAGGUGGACGAGGAAUGCAAGGAAUGGGAAGAUGGCGGAUGGGAGGAGCGUCGGAAGGCCGAGUUGGCGCAGAUGAAUUGGGCGCGCCGAUUCUGGGAGCGAAUGUGGUGAAGGCCCCGUUUAUUUCACGUCGAUUUGAAAUUAUCAUCGGCUCGCUAUGGCGUCGCAAUUUAGGCCGGCCCGAUAAUUGUCUUUGUUGCCACUAGGCUGAACUUGACUGUGUGCUAAAGUAUAGAGUCCGUCUGAAUCUAACGCACCCAAUAAUUGAGACUAUAUUUAAUUUGUUUGCAUGUUCUGGAUUGCAUAUCUUGGACAUAGGUACUCCGUACUCAAAUC